UUCCCAAGUGCCCUCCCUGCAAUGGGAACAGUACAUGAUUGGUACAUGGAUGUGCUGGGAAGCUGCGUGCAAUUUGGAAGUUUGCUGGCUCAGACCCCAGUCCCAGGGGAGCGCCACAAUCGCAUCUUCCUAUUGGCUAGUGAGGGAUCAGCUGCUCAGAUUUGCCUCUGUCGCUUUUGGCUCUCGGCCAUCCAGAAACAAACCAGUUGGAUGAGUGCUAAUAGUUAUAGGCAGAUGUACUAAUACACAACAAAUCACGGAACUGGAGAGUGAGAGCAAAUGAGUUCGUACUUUGUGAAUAGCACUUUCCCUGGGACUCUGCCCAAUGGACAAGAGGCGUUUGUGGGGCAGAUCCCCCUCUACUCAUCUGGCUAUGAAGCUUUAAGGCAUUUUCCGGGCGCUUAUGGGUCACCUCCUGUGCAGGACAAGCCCUACCCCUCACCCUGUUUCUACCAGCAGUCCAACACCCUUAUUGCCUGCAAUGGAAACUCUUAUGAGUAUGGGGCAUCCUGCUUCUACUCGGGCAAGGAGAGCAGCGGCAGCCCGUCCUCAUAUGGGACUAAACACAGAGGGGACAGUGGGGAAUAUCUACAUUUCUCCGCCGAUCAGCAGCAAUAUAAAUCUGCCAGUGCCCAAGGCAAGAUGCUACAUGAGGAACCCACCGACCGGAAGUACAGCAGCCCUGUCUAUCCCUGGAUGCAGAGGGUCAACUCUUGUACUGGUCCAGUGUAUGGUGCCCAUGGCAGGAGAGGGAGGCAGACCUACACCAGGUUCCAGACUUUAGAACUAGAGAAAGAAUUUCAUUUUAACAGAUACCUGACUAGGAGGAGAAGGAUUGAAAUUGCUAAUGCCCUUUGCCUCACGGAAAGACAGAUCAAAAUAUGGUUUCAAAACAGAAGGAUGAAAUGGAAGAAAGAAAGCAAACUCCUGCUCCCAUCCCACCCCAGCGACGACCCCUCAGAAGGCAAACAGGAGGAGAAAAGCACCACCUAAAGACACGUGUCGGGCCUCCUUCUAUUCAGUCUGGAUCUCGGAUGCCCUUUUAUAUAUAUGACAGAUAUAAAUAAGAAUUCAUCAUUGCGCUAUUUAUACACAGAAGCUGGGAAAUUCCAUAUACUGACGCUCACUAGUUAAUAAAAAUAUGUGCGUGUAUAUAUAUAUAUAUAUAUUUAUAUAUAUACAUACACACACUCACGCUACAGCUAAAUAGUUUUGUGUUAGAGCAAAGGCUGUAUUUUUCAUUUUCGGUGAGCAGCCUGACUCUAAUUUUGCCAGCUACACUCCCCUAUGCAGGGGUCUGCGCCAUAUCUAUUAUAUUUGACUUGCUGCUGCAAUGCCCAUAGUCGUAUAGUGGCACUUAACAUGGGGAAGACAAAAGAAAAAAAAAAACAACGGAAAUCCUAAUUUCCUUUCCAUUGCCCGAAACAAUGUGAAUAUCAGCUCUUUCUUUGUAAAAUGCAACCGAACAGUCGCAGACAAAGGUUUCCAGUGCUGCGCUUGGUGAUUUCUUAAAUACCAGGAUCUUCAUUUUCACUGUACAAGAAACUAGAAAUCUUAUCCCUCCCUGCAAAUUCGUUUCUCUCCUUUAUAUGGAAUAUUGCGGCGAUGUACAGUUCUCCUGGGGAAGCGCAGAAAGGCAGUUUUGGGUGAGACUGCAACAACCUGGCUCCUAGCAAUAUUUACUCCAUUCAUUUUAUUGUACAACUGUAUGGGAUUAAUUGGGGGGGGG